AUGAAGAUGUUGCCAAACGAAAUGGCUUGUCCUUGUGCACUUGAAACAAAACUUGAUUGUGUUUCUGGUUUGCUGUCUUUACCAGUGGAAGCGCUUAAGGAUAUCGCAGCGACACUUGGUGUGGAGACUUUGAACCUAAGUGAAGAUCCAUGUCUCACAAAGACUCUGGUGAUAUCUCAAGGUGUUCUGAAAGAAGGACAGAACAGCACAAUCAGAUGUGACUGUCACUUCAACAACAGCAGCACUUGUCAUAUCACACACUUAGAACUCUAUGCGAGUGGCCUUAGAGGACCCAUUCCAGACUCUAUUUUUCGUCUGGAGAAUUUGAUCGACCUGAGGAUCAGUGACACAGUUGCAGGAUGGGGACAUGUUCCUCAUAUAACUAGCAGGAGACUGAAAUAUCUAUAUCUGGCUGCAAACAUGUUGUCUGGAAAGGUUGAGACAGGAGCUUUCCUUUCUGCAAGCACAAAUAUGUCGCUGCAUAUAAACUGUGGGGGACCUGACGUCACUAUCGAGAACCCUCGUGGAAAGUUUCUGUACCAGGGUGAUAACUAUGGACCUACGGGUUCAGCUACGAACUAUCAUGGGAAAAACUGGGGAUUCAGCAAUACUGGUGACUUUAUGGAUGAUUCAAAAACCGAAGAUGCAUACUCGGUUUCAUCAGAAUCUGUAGUAUCAUCGAAAUAUCCUGAGCUUUAUCGGACAGCCAGGCGUUCUCCCCUGAGUUUGGCUUACUUUGCGUUUUGCUUCGAAAAUGGGAGCUAUAAUGUGAAACUCCAUUUCGCUGAGAUUCAGUUCUCAGACGAAGAACCAUACAGUAGACUAGCAAAACGGAUUUUUAACAUCUAUGUUCAGGGGAAGUUGGUUUGGGAGGAUUUUAGCAUCAGAGAGGAGGCUAAUGGCACUCACAAGGAAGUUAUAAGAGAAGUGAACACGACCGUGACUGAUAACACUUUAGAGAUACGGCUUUACUGGGCAGGGAAAGGCACUAUGUUCAUCCCUCAACGAGGGAACUAUGGCUCUCUUAUCUCUGCAAUCUCAGUUUGUCCCAGUUCAGAAUCCGAAUGUGGUGGUAUGAAGACAAAAUGUCAAGCGUUUGUGCUACUGAAGAACGGGGAUUUGGAGGAGAUUCUGGACCCGAGGCUGGAAGGAGUGUUCGAUGUAAUGGAGGCAGAGAGAAUGAUCAAGGUAUCGCUUUUAUGCUCCAACAAUUCUCCGACAUUAAGGCCAAGCAUGUCGGAAGUUGUGAAGAUGCUGGAAGGGGAAGCUGAGAUAGAACAGAUAAUCUCAGACCCUGGCGUGUAUGGUGAUGACUUGCAUUUCAAGCCAUCGUAUCUGUCGUCUGAUUAUAUCUUGUCGAUUACGUCAACUUCUGAAUCUGCUUACGAUCUGUACCCACUCAGUCCCGAGUCCAUUAUUUUUUCUAGACGGUAG